UAAGUUGCACGCAAAUGGUGGCAAUGGGAGUAGCGGCACACACACAGAUACAGUUAGAGAAACACGUGUUAGAGGGUUUCGUUUCGAAAUCCAUGGAAUUGAAAUGGGUGAGGAGAAGAAUCAGCAAAAGCUCACACCUUGAGAAGGGUAAUAAGAAGCUGCUAAGACCCAUGUUUCCGAUUCACAUUUCCACCAACCCACGCCACGUGGAUCCUCACCAUCUCCGAGACCUCUACGCCAAUUGCAAUCACUCUUGCCAUAGAUUCCCCAACCAUGUCCGACCCGAACCCGAACCCGUGGAUAUCCACAAGCUCCGCGUUGCUCUGUCUCACAGUGCUGUUCUCGUCUCUGUCUUCUGCAAACCUCACCAUGUUGUUCCUCAUGAUGAUGCUUUCGCCAAUUCCUUGUCUAUGGUCGAUUUCUUCACGCCGGUUACUCCUUCCCACGAUCAAUUGGUGGGGUUUGGUCGUGCCGUUUCCGAUUGUGGUCUCACUGCUUCAAUUCACGAUGUGAUGGUUAUUCCAUCCCUGCGGAGAAUGGGAAUUGGUCAGAUAAUAGUUAAAAAAAUUGUGAGAAUGCUUACAAAUAGAGACAUCUAUGACAUAGCAGCCCUUUGCUCAGAGAAUGAGAGGUUAUUUUUUAAGGCGUGUGGAUUUGGAGGUGACAUUCUGGGCUCUACUACCAUGAUGUACACGAGAACUGCUUCAUUAACAACCAAGGAAGAUGAACAGACAAUUACACGUGCAGGUCGAAAGCUUUUGUUGGUUCCACCUCUUAUUGAGGGGCCGUACGAAUCUUCAAAGGACAAUAAUAUAAAGAGUCAAGCUUCACUGCAUGAACAGCAAGCAAAAACAAGAUUGUUCUGAUCAAUUAGAAGAGGUUCAACGUUACCCUUUUUUUCUUCAUUAUUAGCAGAUGUAAAAUCAACUAAGGAGGGAAAAUGUAUAGCUGCCAAGAUUUUUUCCCCAUGCUUUCAAUGUAAAUGUGAGAAAUAUUGUGGCUUCUGGUAGAACACUUAUUUUGUGCAGAGCACAUCCAUAUAUAAAUAACAGAGGAAACCCUUAAAU